AUGGACGACGAAAAGUUGAUUGUUGAGGUGGAGAAGUACAGCAUUAUUUAUGAUGCGCAGCACAAAUUUUACAAAGACACCACGCUGGACGCUCACAGCCUCUCGCAGACGCUGGACGCUCACAGCCUCUCGCAGACGCUGGACGCUCACAGCCUCUCACAGCCGCUGGACGCUCACAGCCUCUCGCAGACGCUGGACGCUCACAGCCUCUCGCAGACGCUGGACGCUCACAGCCUCUCGCAGACGCUGGACGCUCACAGCCUCUCGCAGACGCUGGACGCUCACAGCCUCUCACAGAUGCUGGACGCUCACAGCCUCUCGCAGCCGCUGGACGCUCACAGCCUCUCGCAGACGCUGGACGCUCACAGCCUCUCACAGCCGCUGGACGCUCACAGCCUCUCACAGCCGCUGGACGCUCACAGCCUCUCACAGCCGCUGGACGCUCACAGCCUCUCGCAGACGCUGGACGCAGAAGCUGCUCAUUACAAAGCAGCCGCAGAUGCCCCGGAACACUGCGGCCGCUGA